UCAGAGAGAUGGGAGAGGCAAGCAGAGAGGGAGAGGCAAGAGCCAAAUAGUCCCCAGUGUCGCAUAGCAGACAUGAGGAGGAUUCAUGUGUAAGAGUGAUUUGAUUUACUGAAGAGUCUCAGGUGUAUUUGAGAAACUGGCUACAAAUAGACUGGUCGUAUGUCAUGCUGGUAGUGUGCAGACUAUCAGCUAAACGAACGAUAAAUCUUCAGAGAGGGACGUACAGUUAGUUUACGGUUUUUCUCUAGAUAUCAGCUGUAACCAGUGAAAGCUUUUCAAUGUAAGACAAAGGUGAAGUAGGAAGACUACAUUUUUAUAGUGAUGUGGGAGAGGACAAGGGAAAUUUUUUUGGGGACUAUAUUUCCGUCCAUCUUCCUCUUUCUCUCUCUCCCCAGCCUUACCCCCCUUCUACAAAUUAGUGAAGAUGUAUUACAGGAAGAACCUGAGCGAGGUUGGGAGGAGUGUUUUGGAUGGUUUUUUUUUUCCAUUCUGGAGCUUGGUGGGCGGAAGCUCAAGGCAAAUAGGGCAAAGGGACUGAAAGUAUAGUGGACCCUUCAAGUUGCCUGACAGACUUUAUUGGUAAAAAGGAAAGACAGAGAGAUAGUGGAGAAAGUAAAGAGGGAGGGAGAGCAGUACUCGUCUCCACUCCCCCUCUCAGCAAAUGGGAUAGCAAGUCAAGAAUAUGUUGCUUAUCAGUGCUGCGCUGCUGUGAUGUUGCUCAGGCAGAGCCCAGCACAGAACAGGAAGCCUUGUGGACCAGUACUCAGACCCCGAAUCAGCCCAGCCUUCUCAGAACUGGAGACCCUCUCCCCGCCACGUCUCUCACCUCCGCCGCGUGCCCCCCUCAGUGACAUGUACCCCGAAGAGAGCCGGGGUUCCGGAGGGGUAGCCACUGUGGACUUCCUGGAAGGGACGUAUGACUUUGCUGCCCCCACCCCUGCCCCGACUCCUCUCUACAACCACUCCACCACUGGCUACUACUCUGCUCCUCUAGACGCCCAUGGACCACCCUCUGAUGGCAGUCUUCAGUCCCUGGGCAGUGGGCCGACCAGUCCUCUUGUGUUUGUGCCCUCCAGCCCCCGACUCAGCCCCUUUAUGCACCCGCCUGGCCACCACUAUCUGGAAACCACCUCAACACCCAUCUACAGGUCCAGUCAGCAGCCACUGUCCAGAGUGGACCAUUGUGGCACCAGUGAUGAGUCAUACAGUGUGGGGGAGUCAGGUGCUGGAGUCGGGGCCGGGGGUUUUGAGAUGGCUAAAGAGACACGUUUCUGUGCGGUGUGCAGUGACUAUGCCUCUGGGUACCACUACGGGGUGUGGUCCUGUGAGGGCUGCAAGGCCUUCUUCAAGAGGAGCAUCCAGGGUCACAAUGACUAUAUGUGCCCGGCAACCAAUCAGUGUACUAUUGACAGGAAUCGGAGGAAGAGCUGCCAGGCUUGCCGUCUUAGGAAGUGUUAUGAAGUGGGCAUGAUGAAAGGAGGUGUGCGUAAGGACCGCGGACGCGUCUUGCGGCGCGACAAACGACGAACUGGCACUAGUGACAGAGAUAAGGCCUCCAAGGACCUGGAGCGCAGAACAGUGCUCCUUCAGGAUGGGAGGAAGCACAGCAGCAGCAGCACUGGAGGAGGAGGAGGAGGAGGAGGAGGAGGAGGAAAAUCAUCGGUCACUGGCAUGCUGCCUGACCAGGUGCUGAUUCUUGGGGGGGUGCUCCUCCUGCUCCAGGACGCCGAGCCCCCAAUACUGUGCUCCCGUCAGAAGCUGAGCCGGCCCUACACCGAGGUCACCAUAAUGACCCUGCUCACCAGCAUGGCUGACAAAGAGCUGGUCCACAUGAUUGCCUGGGCCAAGAAGCUUCCAGGUUUCCAGCAGCUGUCCCUCCAUGACCAGGUGCAGCUGCUGGAGAGCUCGUGGUUGGAGGUGCUGAUGAUUGGGCUCAUCUGGAGGUCCAUCCACUGCCCUGGCAAACUCAUUUUCGCACAGGACCUUGUACUGGACAGGAACGAAGGCGACUGUGUCGAGGGCAUGGCUGAGAUCUUUGACAUGCUGCUGGCCACCACUUCCCGCUUCCGCAUGCUCAAACUCAAACCGGAGGAGUUUGUCUGUCUUAAAGCUAUCGUCUUGCUCAACUCUGGUUCUUUCUCCCACUGCACCGGUACAAUGGAGCCCCUACACGACAGCCCGGCAGUACAGGACAUGCUGGAUACUAUCACGGACACUCUCAUACAUCAUAUCAGCCAAUCGGGAUGCUCAGUUCAGCAGCAGUCGAGACGGCAGGCCCAGCUGCUCCUCCUGCUCUCCCACAUCAGGCACAUGAGCAACAAAGGCAUGGAGCACCUCUACAGCAUGAAGUGCAAGAACAAAGUGCCUCUGUACGACCUGCUGCUGGAGAUGCUGGACGCGCACCGCCUCCACCACCCAGUGAGACCCGCGCAGUCCUGGCUCCAGGCUAACAGAGAGCCCUCCACCACCGCCACCAGCAGCAACAACGGCGGCAGCGGCGGCAGUAGCUCCGCUUCGGCCGGCUCCACUUCAGGACCCCAAGGCAGCCACGGGAGCCCGAGCAGGGCCCCGACGGGUCCUGGUGUCCUGCAGUAUGGAGGGUCCCGCUCCAACUGCACGCACAUGAGACAGAGCGCCACAAGCAUAUCUGAAGGUCAUUUUUAUGAAUGAUGCGUGUAGUACAGAGUGAAAGUGGUUUGGCAGCGAAAGAUAGCGGUUGCAUUUGAAUUAAUUUUAUGGGAUAAUUAUUUAUAAAUUAGGUGAUUUUUUUUGUUGUUGUAAAUGUUUAGGGAGAAAUUAUUCCUUUGCACUAUUCCAAUUCACUACAAGGUGAGCUUCAAUGCAGUUAAUCGUUCUACACUGCCUUUCAUAAUAUCUGUGACUUUGACUCAGUCUCUAACAGCUUUACAUCACAGCGUAUUAUUUCCAAAACGGUGUUGGGUCAUAUUGUGGCAAUCUGUUACCUAUGGUGAUUUCAAACGAAGAGCAGCUAAUUUUUCUUUUUAUUCGCCUUGACCAAAGUGCACUUCCUCUUGGGGUUAAGGGACUAUUGGGCAUUAUUUUUACUUUUACAUAUAAAGGAGGAUUACACAUUAAACUAUUUUAAAACUAGUUAAAAUGAAUGUAUAAUUUAUUUACACAAGUAAAGACUAAUCGUCAGGUAUUGUGUCUCAUGCACACACAAUUUUAAACUUAAAAUAUUUCGGAAAAACAUUUUUAAAUGAUGAAACUAUAAAAUGAACAUCGGCAGAGGAUGUAUCUGUUGAAUUUUGGAUACCUAAAAAUUGCAUGAUCAAAUCCCAGAGCACUGAUUACAUAAUGAAGGAAGCCACACUUUACUGUUGGGUAACUUCACCUUAUCCACAGCUUUCUGUGUACAGCAGGUUUGUUCUCUAUGCUUACUUGCACCAAAGUUUUUUUUCUGAAUUUGUUACAUGUGUGUGUGUGUGUGUGUGUGUGUGUGUGUGUGUGUGUGUGUGUGUGUGUGCGUGUGUGCGUGUGUGUCUGACAGAGAGACUGCAAGAGAGAAAUUGAAAGCAUCCGAGGCAAUGAGCUAUGAGUGGUUCCAAACUCAUUUGAUGCAUAGAUCUUUGUCUUGAUGCAGUUGCUUGACAUUUCAACCAUGUAAACACUACAACCAGUUACUAUUCAUCCACUAAUUCAGUGAUUACAAUUUGAGUUUGGCUGGAUUUACACACCUCCAAAAACCCAAAUAUCACGAUGUGCUGUAUGCACACAUUCCAAGUAGUUUUUAAUCUUGUUUAAAUGGACCAAAUUUGAUCCAGUUGUAAAGAAGAUAUCUGAUGUGGACAUGCUCAGGUGUUUUCUUUAUCACCGCUGUACACUGCCAAGUGUAAAUGUGCUUCUUUGGUUUAUAAAAUAUCUGAAAAUAGUAAAAAAAAAAAAAAAUUCCCCAGAGCCCAA